AGGUAUUGGGUACACCAAUGGAAUAAACAGACGGCGAUCUCUACAUAUAUGACGACAAUGCGGCGUUGAGCUUAGUGUGUACGUGCGUGCACUGCUUUGUAACCUCUCAAAGGUUCCUGGAAGAAGGCUUCGAUGUUUUAUUAACCGUCGCGAGAUUGUACGCUCUCUGUGCGCUUAGGAAACGUUAUCCUGAGCUCUGGGUCAGCCCGAGUGUCGAAGCACAGUGUACAACUGGUGAAGUGAAGUUCUGUCAGAACUCAGAUUUUCGAGAAAACAGAAACAUUCACAAAAAUAGGAAUUCGUUCUUGUGUGAAUGAAGUCCCCAUAGACUGUGUUAAUGGUUUCUCAAUAAUUGCACUUCAACGAAUUCUAUAUUUGCAAACUCUUUUACCUUGUAUGUGAGGCGUCUGCAUUAGGUACAAUGACCGCAGAUGCCAACACCAAAUCUGAGAUCGUCGUGGACAUGUGCAUCCCCAAGGUACAACCGAUUCGGGUUUCAUCGCGUGACGCAUUUCUGGUCGAUGAUCUCACCCAGCGGGCCUGUGAACUCGUUGGAGUGCCACCUACUUUUCGCUAUUUGGCAGGGCUCUACGAUAAAAAACUGAGUAUGUAUUUGGUACCGGAAGAUACUAUCGGAGGGGACGGCAAAGAUUAUGAGCUUCAGAUUCGUAUACGGUACCAUCCAGCAUCAAUAGACAAUCUAAUGAAUUCUCCGACACCUACGAUGGACCUGUAUUACCACCAACUUCGGUAUUGCCUCCUAAACGGAUACACUCAGCACAACCACAAUAAAGAGGUUGAACAUAAAUUAUUCGGACUUCUUGUCAGCGAUUAUGUGAGACAACUUGUAGAAAAGGACGAAAGGCCAGAAGGGAAAACCGUUGACGAUUUAAUGGAAAGCAGUUUCCCUUCGAAUUGCAAGUUUCCAUGGUGGAAGAGACAUAUCGUGGGAAAAGAAUUCAUGCAGUCGCUUCAACAUGGCUAUAAGGAGUGUAACAACAGUCUACCGUACAUCAAGUGCACAUUCAUUGAAGCAGUCUGGAAUAGUCUUGAGGAAUUUCGACAAGAGAAAUUUAAAGCGCAGAUUCUUAUAAAUGGAACGGCGCGCAAAUGUGAAGUGGCCGUGGGUCAAAUGGGAGCCUUAAGCGAACCGGCAGGUCCCGGUCUACGCAUCAACGAGGGUGAUUCGAAAGACAUGUACCUGAUUUCUCAGUUGUGUUAUUUAAAUUUAGACGGAGCAAAGGUGGAGAUGCAUAUCACUAAUGAACAGCCGCUAAAUAUUAAGCUUGACGAUGAGCGACAGGUGAGGGAAUUUCUCACUCUUCUUGAUGGAUAUUACCGGAUGUCGGAAAAAUUCAUGGCAUCUCUUUGUGGGCAACUCCAAAAUCCGACAACUACGUAUCUAAAAAAAAAUCGAAUCCAUGGCCCCAUUUCCGCGGCGGUUUCUCAGAAAAAACUUCUCGACAAUGAGAGCAGACAGGGAUGCUACCUUGUCCGACAAAGCGAUAUCCAUUAUCGCACCUACGUGGUUGACCUGAUCCUGCCUGAUGGUCGCAUCGAGGCUCGCACCGUUAUAGAAACACCUGACGGAAACUACCGACUGGAUCGCGAUAACGAAGAAAACGCGUUUAAGACAAUAUCUUCACUUGUAAAAGCUCGGCUACGUCCUGGUAACCCAGAACUUUACCAGCUUCCUCCAUCAGAGUAUGACAACACCGGACUCCAGUUCUGCCGGCCAUUGGGGAAAGCUACAGAAAAUGGAGAAGAAAAUGAAAACAAAGAGCCGCCAGCCGUCGUUCUCAAAGUACAACAAAUACAUCUAGAGACUAGCCUCCGAACAACACUACAGCAAAAAGUCAUGCGAGGUCGAUUUGGAAAAAAGAAUGUGGUCGUACGUUUCAUUAACGAAACCAGUUACCAAAGAAGCUUUCUGAAUAAGGCCGACCAAGUGCUUACGUGGAGAAGUCGUGAAAUUGUACCCAUUCUGGGGAUUAUCAUUGUAUCUCCGGUUGGCCUUGUGUCUGAAUAUAUGCCACUUGGGUCACUCGACAUCUUUCUCAGGCAAAAAGGUGAUGAGCUCUCGAUCGGCGAUUUAGGUGAUGCAUCCCUGUGCCUAGCCAAAGCGGUGUGGUAUCUAGAGGAGAAUGGGCUCGUCCAUGGAAAGAUUCGCUGUCGCAGUGCUUUUGUAGCUGAGUGCGCCCCGAGCUCAUUUAAGGUGAAGCUAGGUGAACCGGGCGUUCUAUCCUAUGAUGAGCAAGAUACCCCUUGGAUAGCUCCGGAGUAUUUGUCAGUUAUGAGCUCCGUGGCGUAUUCUCUCAAAGCUGACUUGUAUGCGCUUGGCACGACUAUGUGGGAAAUCUUCAACUACGCUAGAGAUCCAUUUGAGAUUGUGCCGAUGGACGAUGCUCGUGCGUUUUUUGCCGCAGGCAAACGCCUUUCGCUAGUUGACGUUCCACAAGAAUUCUGCGAGAUUGUGGCUGAUUGUUGGCACGCUGAUCCUGACGAACGUAGGUCACCACGUUCUAUUGUCCGAGAUAUCCAUCAGUUGCUUUAUCAGAUUUAUCUACCGAAGAAAUUCAACCUGUAUGCUGAUGUUAAUCCGAGCCUCCGGCUGGCUCCGCCCAUGAACAGUCCUGAGCCUCCGGAAAUACCUCCCUUACGGGCAGUGCCCCCGCGUCCAAACGAAAGUCUCGUGCAGCGGCGAAACUCAACUGCUAGCCAACAGAGCAUUGUAAGUCACAGAAACUGGUUCAGUUCUGUAUUCCGACCGAAGAAAGAUUAUGACUCGUUCUCUAACGUAACAUCUACCUCGAUUGCUAUGUCGGAUCAUACAGUGGCUACUGAAACAACUGACGUUGAAGAAAGGCCGGACAUUAGUCUGGAUGAAAUCGACGAUGAUUUUCCUGAUGCAACAGCACUGCUCAACGGAAAGUGGAUCAUUGAAAAGAAAGAUCUUAAAAUAGCCAAUCCUUUGGGACAGGGAUUUUUCGGUAUGGUCUUCAAAGCAACUCUGACGAGGUACUCUGGCAUAUUCGAAGAGCAGGUAGCAGUGAAGAGAAUGAAGUCUUCGGUGCAAGAAUUUAGCCAAAAGGAUCUAGAACGAGAAAUUGAGAUUAUGAAAAAACUGCGACACCCAAAUAUUGUGGAAAUCAAAGGCAUCGUGGAAGAGCCUGAAGUGCUCCUUGUGAUGGAGUACCUUGAACUGGGUUCACUGCAGAUCUAUCUUCAACUCAACAAGAACAACCUAGACCACACUCAUCUAAUUAAAUACGGUUAUGAUAUUGCCAAUGCGAUGGCAUACCUCGAACGGAAGCGGAUUAUUCACAGAGAUCUAGCCGCUAGGAACAUCCUCGUGAAAUCCGAAUCAUGUGUCAAGAUCAGCGAUUUUGGUCUGGCCCACAUUGUUGAUAGGGAAUACUAUAUGAUCCAAACGAUGCACCGUAAUCUGCCUAUUAAAUGGUACGCACCUGAAUCGAUCCUUUAUGGGAAAUUCUCCGUCAAAAGUGAUGUAUGGAGCUUUGGGGUAGCUCUUUGGGAGAUGUUCGCCUUUGGCGAGGACCCUAUGCCAGCAGAGUGUAUUGAACUUACACACUUAGGAGAACAGCUCAUGGCUGGCCAUCGCUUGCCGCUGCCACCAGGUUGUCCGACAGACGUCUACCAGAUAAUGAGGGAAUGCUGGAGGUCCGACCACAAUCUUCGGCCGACAUUUGCCACACUUCUGAGCAUGAUGAAGAAUCUAGCCGAUACAACCGGCGUAUUUGAUAGAAUGAAUGAUCUGCUCACAUAAUUAAUACGCCAAGACAAAUUGGCGGGAUAUUACACGGCCGGUUGGACUCCGCGUAUUAGACACGCGCCGUUCCAGUUACAACAAAACAAUAUCCAUUCAAGUGCAAUUUGAUGAAAAUUGAGUAGAUAACUCGUUUUCAGCUCAGUUCUGGCGCAUAAUGUUUGUGUUUUUUAAAUAUGUCAUAUUUUUUAGCGGACGAUGUUAGAUACAUAGAUGAUUCAUGUGUCAACAUUAGAUAAUAGUGUUUUUGACUUUUAUAAAUAUAUAGUUUGUCUUUUUCUAGCUAAAUGACGAACUGACGAAAAAAUGUACAACAUAUUUUAUUUUUUGAGUAUCUGAAUGUGCGCUUCCGCGUCCCUACUUAAAAAGAACACCUAGCGAAACCGUUUAAAAUUAAGAAAUUACAAUUUUAGAAUAAAAUCUUUGUUUUGAUAUACACGUAUUAAAAUCCCUGCUCUACGAAACGGUCAUCGCGCAGAUUGAGUACAAGGUCAUGUUAUAAUUGACGAGGUUGGUUAAUGUGUUGUGUUUAAUACUUUCGUAACUGUAAAUACCAUAGCUCAGUGCCCGUUGGGCCUGGAUAUAAUGAAUUAUUGAUUUUGGUUGCUCGCCUGUAACUUGAAAAUUUUACGGAUAUAAAACAUUUGAAGCUUUACAAUAUAUAUCACAAUUGUUGUUAGUGUAUAUUAUAUGUAACUGUAGAUAAAAAAUAUCCUAUAAUGCACUGAGCAAUAUGACUAAUUAAUAAGGUAAAAUAAGUGUACUAAUUACGGACGUAGAUGCCUCUCUAUUAAUCCAUACUGAAAAUAGAUCUCCAUUAUGCUAUUGUGCGUAUAUUAGAUGCGAAUCGAACUCUUAGAAGAAACUAAGUAUGAAACUAAGUAACGUCAGCGCUACUCGUUUGUUGGGUGAUAUAUUGCUUAUGUACAAUAUUGCCGCAAAAAUAACGUAUUUACAGAUUAAGGUUAAAAACGUGCAAGGGUGCAAGCGCAUUCUAGAUUCAAAAUUGGAUGUAGAUUACUUUGUUUCGUGCUCGGAGAUAUCAGUCCUCAAAAUCAAUAUUCAAUAGUCCGACAGUGGCGGAUGUAAAGCUCAAACUACUAAUCUGCCGAGCCUGCCUAAUGGGUAAGUCGGCGGACUUACAGCCGUUAGGUCAUAGGUUUGGGCUGAGUCGAGAUCAGCUUAAAGGAGCUCAGAUCGUAGUUUGCAAACGAUUUGAGUCUUUAACAUUAGUUACCUAAUAGCAAUUACGCUCGAUCUUUAGGCUAUUUUUUCUCAGGCCCCUAGUUAUAAUAGAAAUUUAGGGAGUAUAUUUGGAAUAGGUUCGCAUUGUUUUAGUGCCCACAAAAAACAUUAAAAUAGAUAAACAUGCGUUAUAUUUAUGUGAAAGGCAAAGCAAUACGAAAAGAAAUAGAUUGCCGCGUUGUAUUGAAUUUGCUAAUGCUAGGAGCUGCAAAUAGCACGAACGAACGCGUUGUGUCGCGCUAAAAAAAGAAAAAUUAUGAUGUUUUGUGCUACGUUGAUCUAGAGAUACAUGUAUGAAGAUGCGAUCUUUACGCAGUUUCCUGCUAUUAUUUGUUUCAAAUCUUGAAAAAAUUAUAUGGCUCGUGUGUUCACGUCUCUAUGUAUCUAUGUAAUGGUGGUGACCGUUGAGAUUUCCUCUGGGAAUACUUUAUUUCUGGACGUUGUCGUAGCCGAUGCAAUGCAGACCGGCGUUUUGAAAAAGAGAAUCGAUUCGCCUAUUGGCACUAAAAGACUUUUGCUUUUCUUUCUUUUGCUUCCGGGUAUUCGAAACGACUCUUGCCGUCUCGUUGACUGUCUUCGUUGCUUUGGUCACCAGCAUACCAGUGCGGAUAAAUCUACUUAUCCUGUGAAAGGUUACUAUCAAGUACCUCAUAAUGUUGAGCAUUUUUGCUUGUUCCACUCCACUUUGCUCCGACAGCUCGACCGAUGUGUACUGCUUCUGUAUCAUCAGAUAAUAGUCGCUGCGUCCCCUCACCUUCAUACAUCAAGAAUUAUCGUUGCAUUAAUGAUAGUUUUUGGUAAACUCUGUGUUGUAAGGCUCUGAUUAAAAAUCGUUUAUAUAAUGUAGAUGCCAAAUUUCUCUAUUAAAUAAUACCCUUACAGUUACGAUACGAAAUUCAUUAGUUGUCAUGAACGUAAAUGAACGUAUUUCUUAGCUCGUGACGUUUUAUUACGUAGAUAGGUUCUUCUUGAGAGAUAUUUAUUUAGGGUCGGUAACGACUAAUAAGGAGGGAGACUUGAACUACAACGGAAAAUUAGAUCAAAUUAGUUUCCCUUUCUAAGUUUCAUUGGACAUCGAAGCGCUUGCAACAAAAAUAGGCCUUUGGUCUUUAAGUCAUUAGCGUGUACAGUAUCGUCUUACAUAGCUUACUUUGUAGCUAAAAUUGCUCAAAAAUACAUCACGAAAUCAGACAAAUGUGCUAUGGCAUAUACAUCUGUAGAGGGUAGACAUAUUUUUUAAAUUUCAAAGCGUUCCAAAAACCAUCGUGUGUAGAAUACUUUUAUAUGACGCUACAAGGCACUGCACAUUUUUUAAGGUUGAAAUACAAACGGCAGAGUCCUUUAACCCUGUACAAUGGUGCGUGACACGUGAAUGUCUUAAUAUAUUACGAGACAGGAUGACGCUACACUAAUGCCAUUAUUUUUCUAGGUGAAAAAAACGAAAUAAGGAAGAGCAUAGACCACCACGACAAACACUACGCAUAGCUAACUGACAUGUACCUAAGGUAUUUAGAUAUAUAGGAGUUUAGUCUACAAAUGGACGUGUAUUUAACGUCUAGCGUCAGACUAGUCCAUAGAAGUUACGGUUCUACCAACACGCAUAUACAAAUUAAUGAAACAUAGACAACAACAACGGAUUCUAAUAAUUAUGUAGGCUUAUCCGAGAAGAUGUUGAUUAUUAAUGGUACACAUACAUCUAUGCAACAGAAUGUUGUCUGUGAAAUAAGCUCAGUUACCCCCAAAGCAUUUUUCGACUUUGAACCCGAUUACAAUCCUCAAAUGCUACUGAAGGCUAUCAACAAAGGAGACUCAAGUAACCUAAAGCUCGCGUAUAUAUUUAUAAACAGCAAACAUUACUUUGAUAAUUGAUAGCAUAAUUGAAAGCCAAUAAUGGAUAAUCUUUGACAAGCGACAGGUCUCAUCUUUCCGUAAGAAUAUAUCUCGCAUUAGAUCCGAAAUUCUUUUAAAAAGAGUCUGAAUAAAUCUACUUAACUGGCCUAGUUUUCCAAAUUGAAUAUCUUAAAAUAUCAUAAAUUGAUAAACAUAUGCUUUAUUUCGUUGAUUCUAUUAAAUACAUGCGCAAUAGGUUCAAUCUUCAAAAAAUAAUACAAAAAUACUUUUUAAUAGUCGAACAUACACGACAAAGGUAUAUUUAUUUAUUUGAGAAAACCAUAUUGACAGAUAAGUUAGUGUGAUAGUAAGAUCAUUAACAAAUUAUGUGAACUGACAGCUACCUUUUAUCGAAAACAAGUAGUAUGGUUUUAGAUGUCAGACAUUUAAAAGGUCUGCAUCCAAACAGAAAAAACCUAGUUAAGUAAAAUGUUGUAUGGCCUGUUGUAGCCUCAGUUCAUUUUGCAAGAAAUUCAGAUCAAGUUUAAAUUUCCAUUACAGUUGCUGGAUUUAUUGUCUCAACAGAUAAUGGAAAUCCCUUCUAUUUUAGGGUAGGACUAAAGUUUUUUCCAUUAUAUAUUAUUGCUAUUGUUAUUCUAACUGCCUCAUGUAAAAUAUGGCAUCACCUGCUAUUGAUGUGUACAGGACACUAAUAUUGUCGCUAUGUCCGUAAUACCUACGUGUUCACGUAAUACUUGUGACUUUUCCUAAAUAUCUAUAAAAACAAUACUAAAAUGAAGAUAGCACUUUGAAGUAUCUGUGUUUUCAUUGCUUGGUAUAUCUGCUGGUUUGUUUUUGCGUUUACAUACAUGCUUGUAUUUGUCGCAUUGUCAUACAACCUUUAUUUGUCACUUGGUGGUUGCCGCUACACUUAUUUCGAAUAUUGUUGUCUCAAUAAUUGGCUUUCAGCUCGUUGAAAUUUUUUGUUAUUCACAGCUAACAAUCAAAAUUUGUGAUGUAGCAAGAGACAAAAAAGAAGCCAUAAAGUGAUACACGCUUCAAUUAGUCUUCUUUCCAUUUUUCCUAUGCUGCGUCUAUAUAUAUAUAUAUAUAUAAAUCCCAAAAGAGCAAGAUGUAACUCGGCGGUAGUAAUGGUGCUGUUUCUGCCGUAUUUACGUUUCGAUCCUCCGUUUACGAUCUUCAUCAUUAUGUCCGAGCUGAGCCCUGAUGCAAUAGUCCUUUUUCUGUUUGCUCGAAUUUCUUUGUUUCAGGAGCUUCAGACGCUACUUACGACUUACGUUAUUCAUACUGCUAUAAUGUACGUUCUACGUAACUUACACCGUUAUAAUUUAUUUUACCCCAUUAUUAUUUAUUAUACUGAUUUUCAUGUUUAUCUGUUUUAUUCAUAUUGCUGCUCCACUCAUAGUUACGCCGACCAUUGAACCUGUAUUUCAGCAGCAAAACCAAGAGCAUUCUAAAUAGCGACAAUAUUCUUCAUUCAGUUGUCGCUUGCUUUUCCUGCCCGCAAGAGCUCAGCUUUUCCAAUUCUGCUAAUCUAUGCAUACGCAUGUCCAUACACGCAUAUUCUUUUUUAUAAAUUAUUGGCUAGUAGUUACACAAUCCAUGCUUCAGUUACGUGGUAGUCUGUCCCAUGGUCUAAAGCCAAUAUUUUUAAUAUCUUUUGCCGAUUUUGAUUUAUAAUUCGCGGUACAGUACGAGAUAUUCAGUGUUAGGCAUUGUGCGUACUAUGUGAUAACUACUACUGAACGUAAGCAUCGCUUCGUCGUUGUGCUUUGGUACCAUUUGGGUAAAAUGAGACCAAUACAUGAUAAUAAAAAAAACAAUAUAUACUGUUAAGAGUAAUGAGUUUAUUCUUGUAGUACGGAUUCAUUUGUUCCGGCGAUUUCUGUUAUAAUUCGCAGCAUAUAGAUGUAUAGUAAGUAUAAUAAUAACACCGUUAUUAUCUUUCCUCUAUCAUCAUGUUGUUAUCUGCUGUAUAAGGCUGAUAGGUUCACGUGCUCGAGGCAUCGCUGUUGCUAUUUAUCAUUUUUCGUAAUAGAGUAACAUCUCUCGUUGCGUACGAUCGCAUAUCGGCAUAUUAACUUACACAACAAAAAAAUCACACGAUCUUGGUUUCAUUUUAAGUUUUCAUUGCUUUCGUUUAUCUGAGUGGUUUUUGCUAGCCUACACUGUAUUUUACUUGUUGGAUUACCAAAGUUUUCGAAAGAACCACUGGACAAACUUUUUAGGAGUCCGACCUUUGGUGAUACAAGCUACCACUCUCAGAACUUGUAUCUAUAAACGAUUCGUGUUUUUCAUUUGUAGUUGGACAUUUUCCAAGCUUUCUUUAUUUUGCUAUCGAUUCACAGCCAACCCCCUUUCCGAAACCUUCCUGUGGGUCACAGGCUACGAUCUUAUCACAGUAGCAAUUGCGCCGGCAAUUGCCAGCUGAUCAGACCUGAGGGGAAACAGUGGGGCAAGCAUCGAGUUGAUGACGAAUCAACUCUCACAAUACUUUUGGGGAGACCUCCGUUCUCAACAACUGAUCGAUGCUUCGAAUUGCCCACUUUCUAUCUAAUCCCAAUUGUGUUGACAAUUUCCUUGAACAAAGUUGAAGCUUGAUCGCUUUCCAGAUUUUAGACAACAUACCUUAAGUAAGCAACGUAGUUUCGACAUGACAUUAAAGAAAGAACAAGCCAUUUUGUAUAAACACAACAAAGGAUUAUCUAGAUAUAUAGGGAUCCUAGAUGUCUACUGGAAAUGCCUGUGUUACAUCGCCACAUGCGCUAGGACACAAAAUUUAUGAAAAUGCCGGUAAAUCGUUCGGCGAAAAUCAGCUUCAUGCUAAUCUUUCCUUAAUAAUAUAUCCUGAUAAUUCUUGACUAUCUUCCGAACUGUUCGCCUCAUGCUGUUUCCAAGUUUUUUUCAAAACUCACUGUGUAACAACGAUUUGUAUCAUAAGUAUAAUGAUUUCUAUUCUCAUUAUUGUCUAGAUUAACAAUUUAAUAAUUCAUGAAUUGACUUACUGACCCUGAUGUCUUUUUUGAAGACCACCUCGAUACAAUGUUGACGGAAAAUUACACACAUAUCAGCGGAAUCUCCUAGAUGAUUCGGAUGGUUUGAACACUCAUUAGUAGUGAGUUGCAUUAAUUCCUCCAACUAUUUGCCGGAACAGACCUAUACACAGUACGCUACAAAUGGCAUGUACGUACCUGGCUAUAGGUGCCCGACUGAUACUAAAAAAACAGGCAAAAAAACAAGUCGCAGAUGACCAACGCUUAGGUUAGAAGCGUGCACCUCCCUUACGAGUCGUCAGUGCUAUGGUGCAUUCUCUGUUUUUUCUGGAUGAGAUGAACUCAAUGGCUUGUCUGUGAACGACAUCAAUACUCAAACCUUUUUCUUCAUUUUGUAAACGGAGGCAAUAAAAUCAAUCGUGAGAUUUACUUACCAUGUACGGAAUGACAAUGACGCAUUGUUAGCUCCGAUUGGUAAGAAACUCAAUAUUGACUGUUUCAAUACGGCAGGAUACGAGAAUAGAAUAGGGUAACUAUUUUGCCCUCAAUCUACCAAUAAUACUAAUACAGUGUCAACAAAGUGCAUGAAGUAUACUAGAUGGCAGUCUCAAUUCAACGUCUUUAAGCUUUGCUUGUUACACGCUCGACGAAUUACAUAGAACUUGUUUACUUCAACUUGCAUCGUCCAAGGAAUCAAAUAUAUUUGUGUAUUAGAUUAUUAGUACGUCUAUGUCUGAAUCAAUGAACGUACAGAGCAAUCUGCCUCAAAAAAAAUGGUCAACUGCCGCACAGAUAAUGUUGAGGUGAUUCAUAAGGAACCAAAUGUCUUACAUUGUUGCAAUGAAAUUCACUAUCGUUAAAAAAAUAACAGAUGGGUCGCAGAUUCCUGCACACACAUAUCCAUACAUCACUUGGACACAUCUCCCCGAAAAUAAAUUCGAAUUGAAUUAUCUCGAGAACUAGAUGAGUUAUUGUACGUUAUAUGGAAACUUAGAAUAAUGCGCAAAAUACUCCACGUGAAACAAAGAUUUCUAGACAAAUUUUACCAAUCGCAACCAAAAGGAUUCAUGAUGAAUGGCAAAAUUAAAUGAAAUUGAUCUUGGAUGUAUGAGGCGCAGAAGGCAUGCCGGGUACGACAAAAUAUGGUUGCGAAAGCCUACACAAAAGCAGUUCAGGCGGCCUUUAUUUGUACCUUAUUUUCUUAACCGGGUCUAAAGCAUGCGACAGGCAACGCUCGGGAUAUUUCUCAGUCUAAACUUCCGAUGAAUCCAGAACACGUCACUUCUGGGUGACUCCAAUAUGCUAAAAUGUCAUCGAUAUGUAGGAUACGACGUAAAAACGGAGCCAUAAAUCGCACUCUGAAUCUAAACGGACAUAAACUACCACCGCACCAACUGAAUGAGUAAGAGCAAUUGAGUUAAUUCACUACUCAAGUAAAUGCGAAGACCUCAAUCUAAGACAAAACUGUGUUCGAGAAGUUAGCACAAAAUUACUGAAAGAAAAUCGAUUACAAAAGUAGCAGUCAGUAAAGGUGUAAAAUAAAGAAAUGACGAACAAAAAAGGAAAACUCAACAGAAUAAACGCUGUAGUCGACAUUUUAUUAUUUAUUUCUAAUCGAGGAUCAUUUUUUGCGCACAGGACCACUGUAUAUGUUUAGCAGAAACAUCACGGACACGACCUCCUUAUUUUUAUAUAUAAUAUCUGAUAAUUGUAUCUCAGCAUGAUUAUCGUUACUAUUACUAUGGUUACUAUUAUAGUCGAUAUCAUCGUGAAUUUCAUACUAUUCGCCGCCUACUUCAAACUCAGACAGACCCGCAUAGUCCUUUUAUAAUGUACUUUUUUACAUGCGAAGAGUAGCGAAAUGAAACGAAAAGCAAAUAAAGCUUGGCCUAUUUUGUCCUAUUGGUAGUUCGUUACACAGUCACCUUUAAAAGCGUCACAUUUCGUCGCGGCGUGCCACUCUUGCGGCGUGUCCCAACUUUUCGUUGAUUUUAACGUUUCGUUUAUACCUCUUACAUCUAUUUAAUCUAUUCAUC